AUGAUUUUGAAAUUUCAUUCAGAUUUUUUUGAAGAUAUUUCUUCAUUGCUAAAUGCUGACAAUUAUAAUGUUAUUAUUAAAGUUGGAGAAAAUGAGGAUACAAAAGAAUUUUAUGCUCAUACAAAUAUAUUAAGAGCACAUUCUCAACAUUUUAAAUAUAUAAUUUCAAAUGAUAUAAUUCAAAAAUAUAAUAUAUUGACAAUAAAUAAACCAAACAUUACUCCUACCGUUUUUGAAAUUAUUUUAAAAUAUUUUUAUACGGGCAAAUUUAAUAUUGAGAAUCAAUCAGGUGAAAAUAAUUUUGAUCUAUUGAUCGCAUGUGAUGACUUGUUUCUUGAAGAAUUAGUCAAAUAUGUACAAUACUACUUAAUCGAUAAACAAGAAUCAUGGAUUCAACAAAAUUUUGUUCUUAUUUUAAAUAUAAUAUUUAAUUUACCUAAUUUUAAGAAAUUACAAGAUUAUUGUAUUAGUUUCAUUUGUAGAAAUCCUUUAAUACUCUUUAAUUCAAGUGAUUUUCUAUUACUUGAUAAGUACAUUCUUUUUCAUUUACUUAAAAAAAUUCAUUUAUAUGAUAAAGAAUUGAUUAUUUGGAAUUCUUUAAUUAAAUGGGGUAUCAAAAAAACACCUGAAUUAGAGAAUAAAAAUAAUUUAACUAAAGAAGAUUAUGGAUAUUUAAAAAAUACAUUAAGUAUUUUUAUUCCCCUUAUUAAAUUUACUAAUAUUACUUCUGAUGAUUUUUAUGAUAAUGUUCGACCUUAUGAAGCAAUUAUUCCAAUUGGUAUUUAUGAUGAUAUUAUGGAAUAUUAUUUAGUUAAACAACCUUUAUUAAAAAUAAAUAUGAAUAUCAAAUAUCAACCUUCCUUUCCUAAAAGUCAUCAUUUAAUAAGAAUCCAGAAUUUUAAAACUAGGAAUCAAAAUCAAAUUAAUGAAAUUACUGAAAUUGAGGAAUAACAUUUACUGAACGCUGAUUAACAACAGAUGUAAAUAUUUAUAUAUAUUAUUUUUAUGUUUGGGAGUUAAAAAAUAUUAAUGUGUAUAUAAUGAGAGGUUAAGAUAAUUAUUAUUACAAAUAUCAAUACCUUAUAUUUAUCACUUAGCAAAUGUUAUUUUCCAUUGUAACAGUAGAAAUACUAAAAUAUGAAACCGAAAUUGUAUAAUAUAGUAAAGCUAUUUUGGUCAAAGCAUGUACGACAUAUUGUAUGAAGUUAUUUAAUGCAAAAAUUGUAAGAGG